CCCGAACUUCUUUCGCGCGCCGCGGCGGGACGCGCGCGCCUCCGGUCGGCAGGGAUUGCGAGAGCAAUCGGCUACGACGAGCGAGACCGCCUUGGGGCUGUUGCGGAAGACGCCCGGAACAGGCAACUCCCCCUGCUGUGCGUUUGUGUUUGUGUGUGUGUGUGUUCCCGCAUUUGGGAGAGAAGCAACGGCGGCGGUGACUCCAGGACGGUUAAAGAUUGCAGCGGUGCUCCUCCGGGAAACGAGGAUUACGGGGGCGGCGAUUCCGCGAAGUUUGUUCCAGCUUGGACAGAACUCCCAGCUGCGCCGAAGAGAAUGCAUUAUGAGGAGCCCUCUUCGCCGGCCUUACAGAGACCCCGCUAUGGCUCUAUUGUGGAUGAUGAACGGCUUUCAGCAGAGGAGAUGGAUGAGAGGAGACGUCAGAAUAUUGCUUAUGAAUACUUAUGCCAUCUAGAAGAAGCAAAAAGGUGGAUGGAAGUCUGCCUAGAUGAAGAGUUACCACCUACCACUGAACUGGAAGAAGGUUUAAGGAAUGGUGUUUACCUUGCCAAAUUAGCUAAGUUUUUUGCACCAAAGCUGGUCUCUGAUAGGAAGAUCUAUGAUGUGGAACAAACACGUUACAAGCGUUCAGGUCUACAUUUCCGACACACCGAUAAUACAGUACAGUGGUUACGGGCAAUGGAAUCCAUUGGCCUACCAAAGAUUUUCUACCCAGAGACCACAGAUGUUUAUGAUAGGAAAAACAUACCUCGAAUGAUCUAUUGCAUUCAUGCAUUAAGUUUAUAUUUGUUUAAACUAGGAAUAGCUCCACAAAUCCAGGAUUUGCUUGGAAAAGUAGACUUUACAGAGGAAGAAAUAAGUAACAUGCGGAAAGAACUGGAAAAAUAUGGUAUACAGAUGCCAUCAUUUAGUAAAAUUGGAGGCAUCCUGGCCAAUGAGCUUUCAGUGGAUGAAGCUGCAUUGCAUGCUUCAGUUAUUGCAAUUAAUGAAGCUAUUGAGAGAGGAAUUGCAGAUCAGACCCUCAAAACAUUGCAAAAUCCUAAUGCCAUGUUAGUAAAUGUGGAUAAUAAUUUUGCCCAUGAAUAUCAGAAGGAACUUUCUGGAGCAAAAAAGAAAAAAGAAGAGAAUGCAAGACUUAAGAGUGACUCGAUUUUGGAAGAGGAAAGAGAUGUAUAUGAAGAAUUGCUUACACAAGCUGAAAUCCAGGGAAACAUCAAUAAGGUCAACCUUCACAUAGCUUUAGCCCAAGUGAAUGAGGCUAUUGACAUGCAAGAUGAAGUGGCACUAAUGGCAGGCUUGAACAACCCAGCUCUGAGCCUGCUUGAAGUUCUGCUGCAAAAUUCCUCCUGGUACCUAGCACGGUUAUUUGAUACUAAAGAGCAGAGAACACAGAUAGCAGGGGUUCCAAUUAUCCUCGACAAAAAUGAGAUUCAGAAUGAAGUUAGUGUUGCCAAUGAGGAAUCAGACUCUCACAAAUUUAAACUUAUUGCAGUUGACAAUAUUAACCUUGCAAUUCGUAACUGUGACUCAAACAUGACAAUUGCUGCUUUAAUGAAACCUGAAGCCCAGUUACCUGAAGUUUAUCCUUCUGCUGCCUCUGUCUAUCAGACUGAACUCUUCAAUCUCCAGAAACAGAAUGCUAUGAAAUACUUAUCUCAUGAUGAACUAUCUAUCGCUGUUGAAAUGCUCUCAGCUGUCGUGCUGUUAAAUCAAGCUUUGGAAAGUAAGAACAUAGAGGCAAUAAAAGUACACCUCAGCAACCCAUCCAUUGGUUUUAACAAUGUGGAGGAAGAGAACUUGCAACGUUAUGCUGAUACCUUGCUGUCUAUUAAGUUAGAGGCUUUGUCUCAAGGACAAGAACAUUUAAGCUGGAAUGAUAUCCAGAACUGUAUUGACAUGGUUAAUACACAAAUUCAAGAAGAAAAUGAUAAAAUUUUGGCAGUGGGUUUUAUUAAUGAGGCUAUUGAUCGAGGAGAUCCAAUAAGAACAAUAGAAACACUGCUGCUUCCCACAGCAAAAUUACAAAAUAUAAAAGAAGCAAAUGCCUGUCAUUAUCAAGCAGUUUUGAAUGAUGCAAAAACACGCAAAUGUCAGGAAUCUCAUGAUAAUUCAUCCAUGCUUUGGCUAGAUGAAAUACAGAAAGGAAUUGAUGAUGCUAACAGAAACUUGGAAGAGGCAUCAAAAUUGGCUGUUGGAAUAUGUAUGAUAAACCAGUGUUUAGAAAAAAGUGAUUCUGCAUCAAUCAUCACAAUUUUACAGUCACCUAAUUUCAAUCUGAAAGCUGUUCCAGAAUGUGCUGAAAUCUACUAUGAACAUUUGCAGGAAACUAAGAAUUUAAAAACCAAAGAACCUGAUGAAGGCCCAUGGAUUAAAUUUUUAAUUCAAGAUAGUUAUGAUUAUUAUUUCAAUGAAGAAAGUGGAGAGGGUACAUGUACUCCUCCUGAAGGAAUUACUCUCAAAACAUCCUGGCUGACUGGGGAAGAGAUUCAGAAAAUUGUCAGUGAGAUCACAUCAAAUUAUAAUAGAGAACAACUAUGGUGUGCAAAUGAGGACCUGAUCAUUCAGCUGCAAGCUAAAGCAAGGGGAUUUUUAGUCAGGAAAAAAUAUAAAGAAAGAAAAGCUUACCUCCAAACCCAGGAGCCAUCAGUGAUAAAAAUACAGGCAUUUUGGAAAGGGUAUAAACAAAAGAAAAAUUAUUCGGAAAGACUUCAGCUGUUGCAGAGAAAUGUUGCCUCUAUCACCAAGAUUCAGUCAUGGAUCAAAAUGUGGUUAGCAAGAAGAGCAUACAAAGAACGAAUACAAUAUUUCAAAGAUCAUAAUGAAGAAAUUGUGAAAAUUCAAGCAUUCCUUAAAGCAAAUAAAGCUAGGGAUGAUUACAGAAUUUUGACCAGUUCUGCAAAUCCUCCUUUGAAUGUCUUGCGCAAAUUUGCUUAUCUCAUGGAUCAGAGUGAUUUAGAUUUUCAAGAAGAGCUAGAAGUUACAAGGCUAAGGGAAGAGGUGGUCACCAAUAUCCGAUCUAGUCAACAGUUGGAAAAAGAUUUGAAUUUAAUGGAUAUUAAAAUAGGAUUGCUGGUUAAAAACAGAAUAACAUUACAGGAUGUUGUGUCACAUAGCAAGAAGCUGAACAAGAAAAGCAAAAACCAGCUGCAAGAGAUGGUAACUGGGGAAAAGCAAGGCAUCAAAGGCUUGAGCAAAGAGAGGAGGAAAAAACUAGAAGCGUAUCAACACUUGUUUUACCUUCUUCAGACUAAUCCAACCUAUCUGGCAAAGCUCAUCUUCCAGAUGCCCCAGAACAAAUCCACUAAAUUUAUGGAUACAGUUAUCUUCACACUAUACAAUUAUGCUUCUAAUCAACGAGAAGAAUACUUACUUCUGAAGUUGUUUAAAACUGCUCUGGAAGAAGAAAUAAAUUCUAAAGUAGAUCAGAUUCAGGAUAUUGUCACGGGAAAUCCUACUGUCAUAAAGAUGGUGGUUAGCUUCAAUCGAGGUGCACGAGGGCAGAACACAUUGCGUCAGUUAUUGUCCUCAGUGGUAAAGGACAUAAUGGAUGACAAAUCCUUAGUCAUCAAUACAAGUCCCGUGGAAGUGUACAAAGCAUGGGUAAACCAGCUGGAAAUGCAAACUGGAGAGGCCAGUAAAUUACCCUAUGAUGUAACAACAGAACAGGCCUUGGCACACCCUGAAGUAAUGAAUCGACUAGAAUCCUCAAUUCAGAGUCUCAGAGCAGUGACCGAUAAAGUCCUUGCCUCCAUAUUCUCAUCUCUGAACUUAAUGCCUUAUGGAUUGAGAUAUAUAGCCAAAGUUCUGAAGAACUCACUUCAUGAGAAAUUCCCAGAUGCAACAGAAGAUGAGCUUUUAAAGAUUGUUGGAAAUCUCCUGUACUAUCGGUUCAUGAAUCCAGCUAUUGUUGCACCUGAUGGUUUUGACAUCAUUGACAUGACAGCUGGAGGGCAGAUACAUUCUGAUCAGAGGAGAAAUUUAGGUUGUGUAGCCAAAGUCCUUCAACAUGCUGCAUCAAAUAAUCUCUUUGAAGGGGAAAAUGCUCAUCUCUCGUCCAUGAAUAGUUAUCUCUCCGAAACAUAUGAGAAAUUCAGGAAUUUUUUUCAAGCCGCAUGUGAGGUUCCUGAACCUGAAGAAAAAUUCAAUAUUGAUGAAUAUUCUGAUAUGGUGACUCUUAGUAAGCCAGUAAUAUAUAUAUCUAUUGAAGAAAUUAUCAACACACAUUCACUAUUGUUAGAACAUCAGGAUGCCAUUGCUCCAGACCAAAAUGAUGUCUUAAAUGAACUGUUAGAAGGGUUGGGGAAAGUUCCAGAUGUAGAGACUUUUCUUGGGGAAGGCGCUAUUGAUCUCAAUGAUCCUAACAAGGAAAAUACUUUAAAUCAACUUGUUAAAACAGAAAUUUCUCUUUCACUGGCCAGGAAAUAUGAUUUACGGGAAGGGGAAGAACAAGACAUUAAGGGCCUAAUGAUAAAAACAAAGAGGCUAAUUAUGGACGUAAUACAAGCUCAGCCUGGGGAGUCACUUGCAAAAAUUCUGGAAAUACCAGCUUCUGAACUUCAGGAAACGGAACAUAAGAAAAUAAUAGAAAAACGUGCAAUUUUGGAUUCUAAAACACCAGAGAAAAUGAAACAUAGUCAAUCUAUCCUUGAAGAAGGGCAAUUGCCAUUAGAACAAAAGAAAAGAAAAAUUCAAAGAAACUUGCGAACAUUGGAACAAGCUGGGCUGGUUUCAUCUGAAAACAAAUAUCAAGAAAUCAUCAAUGAAAUAGCCAAGGAUAUCAGAAAUCAAAGACGAUACAGACAACAUCGAAAAGCAGAGUUGGUAAAACUUCAGCAGACACUGAAUGCACUCAAUUCCAAGAAAGCUUUUUAUGAAGAUCAAAUAAAUUAUUACAAUACCUACAUUAAGACAUGUUUAGAUAAUUUGACAAGAAAAAAUUCACGAAGAUCUAUUAAAUUAAAUGGAAAGCAAGAGGAGAAAAGUGGAAACAAACUGAAGAAUAUUUCACUGAAAUACACAGCAGCAAGACUAUAUGAAAAGGGAGUUAUUCUAGAAAUCGAUGAACUUCAGCCUAAUCAAUUUAAGAAUGUGAUGUUUGAAAUUACACCUGGUGAAGAAGUGGGUGACUUUGAUAUUAAAGCUAAAUUCUUAGGUGUGGAGAUGGAAAAAGUACACCUCCAUUUUCAGGACUUGCUUCAAAUGCAAUAUGAAGGUGUUUCUGUAAUGAAAAUGUUUGAGAAAGCUAAAGUGAAUGUAAACCUCCUGAUUUUUCUGCUGAACAAGAAAUUCUACGGAAAAUGAUCCACUACAUAUUGUUUCAAUCAAGUCCCAGUUCUGGCUGUAGCUUAAAUAUUUCAAUCUAUUAUACAACAGAUCUUUCUUCAAGGCAGCCCAGAAGAAAUUACUUGUGUGCCUUUUUCAUCGUUUAUAAUGUAAUAAUAAAAUAAGAAACUACGAA